GGUAGACGCGUAUGUAAAGUGGUUGAAAAGACUUUACUCUUCAGUGGAGUUAAAAGGCGCUGUGGAUUAAGUGACAAUUGUUGUGCUGAUUAUGAAUAGAAAAAAAAGCUUGUGCUUAUUUUAAAGAUUUAACUCAAAAGUGUCCCGAAGCAAAAAUGACAAUUUUGAUUAUUGUAUCUACAGUCGUAUUUAGUUUAUUAAUUAGUUUGUUUAAGGUGUAUGAAAUUAAUUAUAUAAAGAUUCAAACUUCUUAUUAGGCACUUCAUUUGAUUUCUUUACUAAACCACUUGUUCGUUUUAUGAUUUAACAAAAAUAAGGAAGAAAACGUAAACAACUCAUAAAAGAGACUUUAAGGGGUAUCAUGAACUAAAGUUUGAAUACUAGUGUACCAAUACCUAAGGGAGAUGCAUUUAUUGGAUUUUAUAUUGGUUCUGGUUCUUCUUCCGUGCAUAGAUGCAUUUCAGAAUAAACCAAUCGCUAACAAUAGUUGUGGCUAUCUUGAAGUUAAAACCCCAUCUCUACUUUUUUAUGGAAGGAAUGUGACAAUUACAUUCAAAGCUUAUAAACACAAGAAUGCUACUGCUCUGUUAAUAAAUAAUAGUGACCCAACUAUAUCACAUAAGCCUCACCAUCAUGAUAAUCAAACGGACGUUUUUACAUUUAUACUGCACCAGAACAGAACAGCUAGACGUCAUCAAAAUUAUUAUGUGAACAAUACGUGCUAUUCUGAUACCAUUAGUUUUGAAAUGCGAGAACCCCCAGCACUAGGACCACGGAAAAAUAUCGAAGGCUGCGAUGGUUGUUUAAUAGCUUCAGUUGGGGACAAGGCAGAUUCCUUAAAAAACAAGGAACCACUGAUCAGCUGUUCUAUGUCAAAUGCUACUUCAUGGACGGUUUUUAUAACAAUUAAUAACAAAAGUGGUGCAGCGCGUCAUUAUUUACAUGGUAAAUACGUCAUUAACUAUACCGUCCAUGAAGAUGAUAAUAUGACCAUGGUUAAAUGCUUUAUGACUUUCUCCAACCUAACGUUGAUUGAUACGGCCAUUCUUUAUGUUAAAGACGAUUCGGCUACCAAGAUUCAACACCCCAGCGUAACGAACGUGAACGAUCAGACUCAAUCAUCAAAAACGUUUAUUGAAAAGAGCACCCAAUCAACAUCAACGAAAAGCGCGACCGAUAAACAAGCCGUUUCAACACCCCGGAAGCCCCUUUCAACGACACCACGCAUUGUUCAAACUUCGGCACCAUCUGACGCUUUAAAAACAACUGAAAACUUUAUCUCAACCACACACACCGGACAUGGAAAACACGACAAACGUACCGAUGCAACAUCUACCACGAAAAGCCAGCCAAUUUCAAACGAUGCAAAUACAGAUAAAAAAGACACAAGUGUCUCAAAUACAAGUGCUUCGAACGACGGAUUUCAAAACGUGAUUAUUGUUGUUUCGUGCGCAGUGUCUGCGGUGAUAAUUGUAAUAGCAAUCCUCAUUGCCGUGGUUUGUGUAAAGCGUAAACGCCGAUCUGGUGCAAACGCCCCAGUUCAAGAUGCGCCGCGCGAAGAUCAAGUGGCAAAAGAGGAAGGCUACGCUAGAAUUGAAGGGGCCGAGUGUCAAUACGCCGUGGUUAACAAACCCAAGAAACUCUCGACGCUUCGAACAAAACAAUACCCACGUGUUGAAAACAUACCAAUGGAAAUCCAGUCCAAACUCGAGAAACCGCGUGGAGCCGGCGAACUCAUAUAUGCUGAUCUUGACAAAGAAGCCUUGACGGCGAAGCCGAGCAAUUCAAAGCCUGCUGGUAUUCCAGAAAGGCCAAGAACGCCGACGGAGUAUGUCGGCAUUGACUUCGCGAGAACUGUGGCUUUACAGGACGCGAAUAUGCAAGAUGAGUAGCGGAUAAUUUUUAACGUUUCCAUCAUUAAUUGAUGAGCUACUACUUUUAACGAUGCUAGUAAUGGGGCCUUAGAUCGUCACUGUCAAAAACGUUGACAGAAGUUCUACUUGAUAAACAAUCAUAACAGGCUUUGCAUUAGGUCUUAAUUGCUAUAUGACAAACAUGGAUGCCAAGGAAUCCAAGAUAAUUAAAGUACCUGCUUACAUCUUUCAGCGGUACAGCAGUUUUUAGCGAAGUGUUGACUGUGUAAAUGUGUAAAGUAGCAUUGCUUUGUGAAAAGCUAGAAAGGAAAAUGUGGCGCAUCUAAAACAUGAAGAUAUUUCGUUAAAUUUCUUUCAUAAUAUUCCUGUAUUUGAAUAGUUUUUGUUCCUUGUACUGAAUUUUGCCAUAUAUGGUAAUGCACAGAAAAAGAAAAUACGUGCGUACAACUUGUUGUUUCAGUUGUACUUGAAAGUUGUUUUGACUUGACUGUCAAAAAAUUCAGCAUGUGUAUGUGACGUACACUUCAAAAUUACAAUCAUGUAUGAAGCAAUCGUCUUGAUAUUUUAAAAUGAUGUUGUUGUUUGUUAAUAUUUAUUUUACAAAGUGGAGCAUUGAUCAUUUUAUUGAUUGUUCUUAUCGAUUGUACACCAACACGAAAUUAUUUUCUAUAUAAUGGUUAAUAUCCAGUAUGUUUAAGACUGAAAUGGCUUCGGCAUAACGUUCUAAAAGGUUCCAAAAAAAGGUUUUUCGUUAAACCAUAACUUCAAAUGGUGUAAACAGACAGGUGCAAAAAAAAUCAUUUCAUUACUUUCCGUAAUUGUUGUAAGAGGAUUUUUUUUUAGAUUUUUAUUUGAUGUCUUGUUUUGUAUUUAUUUUCUUACAUUAUGAUUUGUUAACUUGUUUUUAAUCUAAAAAUGUGUGUGUAUUAUUGAAAGUGUAUUAUUGCAUACACUCUAUCUAUAUUGCCCUCUGGCAGGGUGCAGAAACUUGGCAAAAUGAGGGCUUGAAUGGGAGAAAUCGUGUAUUAACAAGGCGAUUCACGUGCCGUUCAAGCCCUGUUAUGUGUUUUACAUAUCCAUAAACUGGUCCACGCGCAGUUACAUCCCUUUAAUAGUGGAUUCAAUGAAGUCAUUAUGAGAUUUGUUAAUAACUCCAGCCUUCGACGACUUCCAAGCAUAAAUGGGGAACCGAAUAAGCACCAGUUUCCUCAUGCUUGAAGGGAUAAAGACAAUGAAUAUUUCAAUCCACUUUUCAAAUUAUACCAUCUGCUUGUUCUUGACAAUGUUCAGCUUUAUUUUAUUGGCAACGUCAAUGAAGUUAAGGUUAUUUACUCAACACUUUCAAAAGACUAUGCUGUAAAUGUAAGUGUUGAUGUACCUUCAACGUUCCUUCUGUAUGCUUGAAAUACUUUAGUGACAAUAUGACAUAUAUGUUGGCAGUAUUAAUUUUUAGAAAAUUUAGUUGUCCACGAAAUAAAGACAUGUACGAAAGAUACAUCUAUGAAAACAAUGACUUAUUCUGACGAUAUAUUUAUCCGUCACGACCAGUAAAUUCCAAAAUAAUUCCGCAUUUCUUACUUUGCGCGCCUGUAUUUCAAAUUUGCAUUAAUCCACUGUUUAAACACAUUUUAAAUCCAAAACUGCCUAUCCAAAGGUCGUAAUUUCUGAUGAUGACCGAGUGAGCCAUAUGUAAAACACAACCUUGAACCGUAUGACGUCAUUUGAAAUAAUCGAAUAAUUUUGUCGUUGUUGAAUGAACAAGGCAUAAUGUUUUCAAUGUUACUUUAAUUUAUUUUGGUAUGUGUGAUUUGUUUAUGUUAUAAUAGCGAAAAUACACAUUUUUUCGGACAUGAUCAUCUGCGGACGGUCUCAAAAUCUAGAACAGAUUUUUCAAGCGCCCGCAGAUGAUCAUGCCCUCGAAAACGUGAAUUAUCCCUAUAUUCGUGUACUGAAGUUAUUUAUUUUAAAUCUUACUGCUCACUUAGCUAUCUUUUUUAAACCAUUGAUAACUUUACAUGAGAGUACCAACUAAGGUACCAUUCCAGCCGUUUUUGGAACAGAAAAUAAAAUUAUAAAUUUCAACUUGCAGCCAUGCAAGCUGAUAGAAACACGCAUUUGAAUGUGAAAAGUUUCAUGGUCAUUUUAAUGUAAAUAUUGGCAAAAUUACUUAUACGAAUCUUCUUAUUUUUAUUGAUGUGGUUUUAUAACAGAUGGUGUAAAAUAACCACAUGGAAAUUAGUAUUUUGAGUUUUUAUUAUCUCAUUCACAAUUCUUUCUUCGUAAAGCUAUCGUUAGACCAAACAAACAAAGAUGUUCUUUCAUCCCAUUUUGUAUACGAACAAAAUGUGUUAAAAUUGGAUAUUGACUAACUAUUUUUUAAACAAAAAUUACCUGCACUUAUUUACAUCACGUUAGAAACAGAUAUUAGAUUAAUCUAAAGCAUGUUUUGUCUCCAGUUUUUGGUACGUUUAUUUGAUAUCGAAUUGUCACCGCAAAACAACAUGUAUGUAUGUUACUUCACACUCUGGUACAUAAGAUUUAAAGAACCUCUUUAGAAACAAGGAAUUAAGUUGCAUUUUUUUCUGUCAAUAACAAGUACGUAAAACGGAAGCAUGCAAUACAAAUAUGAUUUUAUUUCUUUGCUAUGGAUGUAAAUUAUAUUUUUGUUAUGUAAAUAUUUGUUUUCGUUGAAUUUAUGCGCUAUCCAGUAAGCAUGCCUUUCUUGUAUUUUGUUAACAUACAUUGAUAUUAUAUCUAUAACUGUUGGGUUUUGUUUGGCUUGUAAGUACAAAGUUGAUUUUUUUUGCGGUGAUUCUCAAGAUGGUUCUGGAUGUCACGUGUGUUUGGGUGGGGCACGAUGCGAACCCAGAGACUUGAAUUAACCAUCUUUGUAGAGGACCGCAAUCUAAGGUCACAAACUAAAUAUACAUUCAGUUAAAAAUAGUUGCCCCCACAACCACAGAAAGGGCAAAUUUUAACUCCAGGGACAUUACUUAAAAAACAGUACAGGAGCACUGUAUGAUGGUCCGUUCCACAUAUUACCCAUUUUUUGCCUUUUUGUUUGAAUUUUUGUUCUAUAUUUAAAUAUUUACUUUAUAAGUAUACAUACACUAUGUGGCUCUUAAGCUUGGUCAAUUUUACCUUUUGAACAUGAUUUGAACAAUCUGUGUUGGGUACAAUAAUACAUAUUAUCUUGGUUUAUCUUAUGAUCAGGGAUUUGAUUUAAGAACCCCCUCAGGAGAAGAAAAUAACCUACCAUCCUUUCAGUGUUCAACAAAACUCACCAUUUGGAUAUAGAUCCAGCGAAGUUAACAACGAUGUGUAAAUAAGUUUGAUAUUGAAAGGUAUGAAAUCAGCUAAAAGAAGGAAGAUUCAAACCCCUGUAUGAUACAUAUAAGCUAAACCAGUGUAUAUACGAACGGGUGAGUUAUUAUUAACAAAUAACAUUCAAAUACGCCCUCAUGUGAUAUCACUUGAUCUUGUUAAAGGAAGAAACAACAAAAUCCAGCUGUGAUGAUGAAGUUUGUUUCUACAGUACACGAUUGUACAUCAACAAUUACAAACAUUAAUAGCAGCACAAAUCUACAAACAAAGUCAUCUGGAAAUAAAACAAUGUUUUAAGUCAAGAGCUCCUAGAUCUGGAGUCAUUAUUCAGCUUGAGUGUUGAAAAUUCAACGAUCCAUGAUGGAGUGUUUUGGGGAGUCCCGCUAUUGCUCUUUACUUUUAAGGUCAUGAAAUAAAUUUCAAGGCUUACGAAUGGUUUAACUGGAAAAAUAGUGUAAACAUAAAAUAAUUUUCUCUUAAACACCACAUCUUGAAUAUAACAAAAUACAUAUUCCUCCCCCUUACUAAAGCAAAAAUACCAUAACUAUGUUGUUCCAAUUAUUUUGUGAUAUCUUAUAUGGUAUGUUUCUAUAUGACAUGAAUAAGGCUUUCAGCCAGAAUGAAAAUAAAGAUAUUAAAAGUUUCCAAGUU